CACGGCGGUACACACCGCUGCCACAACAUAAUCGCGACGCAACAACGCAAAGUAACAGGUGAGCGCGAAAGAGCAGCGCUAUCGCGUGUUGUACCCUCAACGACGUAAUUAGCAGCGCCAAGCACAGCCGCAGCCGUCAGCCGUCCCGCCGCUGACUCCCCGACCGACCGUCGCUGCCAACGCCCGCGCCGUGCCGCGCCGCAUGCCGCCCGCUUGAAGACGACACGACACUACCCCGAGUUCAAUGAGUGGGGACGCAGAAUACAUAUCUACGAACUUCAACAUGAGGAAUAACGUAAAACCAUCGUUUUGGGGCCAGCGUACAAAGCUGGAGAAGCGGCUGAUGCUCGUGGCCGGCGUGGCGUGCAUCCUCGCAAUCGCCUUCCUAGCUGCCUUCAUCGCGAGCCUUCUCAUGAACACCUCCGCCGACUUCAAUAACAUGCCACAGACUAGUGAACUGAGACUUUCUUCACCCAUGCCGCCAGCCGCCAUUGCUAAGGAAGGCCACGGGAAGAUUUGCAGCUCCCCGGGAUGCGUACACACUGCUUCAAAACUGCUCAUGCACAUGGACGACAAAGUGGAUCCUUGCGACGACUUCUAUGACUUCGCGUGCGGUUCGUUCGUGAAGAACACUCGCAUACCUGAUGACAAGACUUCGGUGAACAUCUUCUCCAUCAUCACCGACCAGCUGCAGGAGCAGAUCCGGGCGCUGCUCGACGAGCCGGUGACGCCCAACGAGCCCAGACCUUUCGUCCUCGCCAAGACUUUGUACCAGGCCUGCAUGAACAGAACUGCUAUCGAAGCUCGUGGAGUGCAGCCACUUCUGGAGAUGCUGCGACGAUUGGGCGGCUGGCCUGUUCUGGACGGCAACAACUGGAACGAAGCCGCCUUCUCCUGGGAGCAGUCCGUGUACAAGUUCCGCAAGGCUGGCUACUCCGUUGACUACUUCCUUGACUUCUCCAUCAGCGUUGAUGUCAAGAACUCCACCAAACGGAUCAUCGAUCUCGAUCAAGCCUCACUCGGACUCAGCAGGGAGUACCUGAACCGAGGCUUCACCGAUAAGCUCGUGCAGGCGUACUACGAGUAUAUGGUUGACAUCGCAACCCUUCUGGGCGCCGAUAGGGCUCGCGCCGAAGUAGAACUCAAGGACUCUUUACAGUUUGAAAUGAAACUGGCUAAUAUCUCUCUACCAUUGGAGAAACGACGUAAUGCUACUAGUCUCUACAACCCCAUGACUAUUGCCGAACUGCAGCAGAAAUUCCCGAAGGUCCCCUGGUUGGAAUACAUCAAUAACCUCCUUGCUCCUCAUGUGAAAGUAGGAGCUGAUGAGGUCACCAUCGUCAGCGUACCAAAAUACAUCAGCGAUCUUGAGAUCCUGCUUGAGAACACCCCACGCCGCGUCCAAGCCAACUACGUGAUGUGGCGCGUCGCUGGCGCAUCCGUGUCGUAUCUCACCGAUGAACUACGGCGCAGACAGCUGGCGUACGUCACCGCGCUGUCCGGGAAGACGGAGCGCGAGAGCAGGUGGAAGGAGUGCGCUGACACCACCAGCGUCAGUAUGUCUAUUGCUGUAGGGGCACUUUACAUUAGAAAAUACUUCAAUGAAAAAUCAAAGGCUAACGCAUUGGAGAUGGUGAACGAUAUCAGGCAACAGUUUCGCAAGACUUUGACCGAGGUCGAAUGGAUGGACGAGAAGACCAGACAAGCUGCGUUAGAGAAGGCACACGAGAUGUCGUCGCACAUCGCCUACCCAAGCGAGAUGCUGGACAACAACAAGCUCACCGAGUUCUACACUGGGUUGGAGAUGUCAUCAGACAAGCUGAUGGAGUCGGUAUUGAACCUGACGUUGUUCGGAACGGAGUAUCUGUUCGGCAAACUUCGCGAGCCGGUGAACAAGACAGACUGGGUCACCCAUGGCCGUCCUGCUAUCGUCAACGCUUUCUACUCGUCCAUUGAGAACAGCAUCCAAUUCCCCGCCGGUAUCCUCCAAGGAGCUUUCUUCUCUGCUAAGCGUCCUGCUUACAUGAACUACGGUGCCAUAGGUUUUGUUAUUGGACACGAGAUCACACACGGCUUCGACGAUCAGGGACGGCAAUUCGACAAAAAUGGCAAUCUCGUUGAUUGGUGGCAAGAGUCGACGAAGCACAAAUAUCUGGAAAAAGCCAAAUGCAUUAUUGACCAGUACUCUAACUACACAGUCAAAGAAGUUAACAUGAAGCUGAAUGGAGUAAAUACACAAGGCGAGAAUAUCGCUGACAACGGCGGUAUUAAGGAAGCUUACUACGCUUACCAGGCUUGGACGCAACGCCACGGCGAGGAGACACGUCUGCCAGGACUUGAGAAAUACACUCCUAAACAGCUUUUUUGGUUAAGUGCUGCCAACACCUGGUGUGCCGUGUAUCGAAAUGAAGCGAUCAAACUCCGCAUCACGACAGGAUUCCACGCACCAGGUCGAUUCCGCGUGAUCGGGCCCAUGUCCAACAUGGAGGAGUUCGCCGCUGACUUCCAGUGCCCCCUCGGUUCACCGAUGAACCCGACCAACAAAUGCAAAGUUUGGUAGUUCAGCACAAGCCGCAUCUACCAGUAACUUUG